AUGGAUCCAUUUUCCCUCACAGCAGGCGCUCUUCAGAUAGCUGCUGCCUGUGUGUCGUGCACCAGCACCGUGAUCAAGAUAUACGGAGAUAUCAAUUCUGUCGAUGCUCGAAUCCGGUCUUUCUGCGAUGAGGUGGCGGCUCUACGAGCGACUUAUGAGGGCCUGGAAAAGAGCCUGUCUUCCCCUCCGCUGGCAGAGGCGGUGCGCGUGGCCAACAAGACCGACGACGGCGCUCAUCUGUGGCAACAGAUCAAAGAUGCGCUCGAAGAUUCCAAGAAUACCAUGAAGCGAGUCAAUGAGAUUCUCACCCAGAUUGCCAAAAUAUCUGGGUUUGCACGUAAGGUGAAGGCCCAUUUACAAGAGAACCUCCAUAAUGGUGAGCUGUCUCGACUCCGCCAGCGCAUCCAAUUUUUCAAUGCGGCUCUGUCACUACCGAUCCAGAUGGUCUGUGUCAUGCUCCAACUCGAACAAAGAGGAAUAACAAUCGAGCAUCAGACAUCACUGGAUGCCAAGUUCAUCAUGCUUGAACGAACCAUGAGGGCGCUCAUCCAGAGUCUGAACUCCCCCUCGCGUCUGCAAACGCUGGGUGGUUCAACAAUCGCUGCUACCGAGAGAAUGCAAUCAGGUCACGAUGAUGGAAUGAAAACCUAUCUUGCCUUUGCCAAAAAGUUUCUAAGCACCGCUUCCGCUGCGGCAAGCACGAGAUCUUCCUUGAGUACUAUAUCCCCAGCUAUCGAACCCGAGGCUCUCCGUGAUAUAGUAAAGAUCCCUGCCAAUGAAGUACCGCUCUCAACAGAUCGGAGAGAUCGAGUUGACCGCUGGAUUCAACCUCCUGCCGCUUCUCCUCAACAAUCAGCCGCUUUCGCUCGACAAGGCUCUGCAUCUGGUAGAGGUCAUGCAGAAGUUGGCUCCGAGGUGGAGUUCCUGCGAACCCAGAAUCACCUGAAGUUGGGCCAGGACAGCUUUGAAGACAGUGAUUAUGCAAAAGCGGAGCGGCAUUUUCGGAAGGCUCUCGCUCUUAUGGAGCGUCAUGACUUUGAGGGUAGGAUAUCUUUCCAGCCUGCAGAAGUGGUUCUCAUGCUAGCUGAUUGCUGUCGGCAGCAAGAGAAGCUCGAUCAAGCGGUCGAGCUGCUGCAACCGGUUGCCGCCAUGCGCAGUGAUAUCUUCCCAUCCAGCCCAAAAGAUCCUCUCUGUUCGAGCGAAGCUCUGGCAUCUUCACGUCAAGUCCCCGACAAGCUGCAGGCGUUGGCGGCAAGUCACAUGCUAGGCCGCGUGUACAUUUUGAAGGGUGAGUUCGAUUCCGCCGAGGAGCAUGGACUACGAGCGUUCAUGGAGCGUAGAAAAGAACUCGGGCCACAGGAUGAGAAGACGCUGGAAUCCGUGCAGUUGGUCAUCGAUGUCUACCGAACCCGGGGUGACGACGGCGAUGAAGAGGAAGCCGAAGGGUACGAGGUGUUUCUGUCACCACCGGAGAAAACGACGCCCACACCUUCCACCGAAAAACUUUUGAGCAAGGUCGAGGUAUCUCAGCUCAAACCGGCCACGGUCUCACCGGAAUUACCCCCGGUAUCUGAAAUACAGAACCAACCUCGUCCGAAGCUUCGGAACCGAUUUCUGCACCGUGCUCGUCUCUCGCAGCACUCGGAUUCAGCUUACCCUGCGCCGUCACCAGAACUAUCGAGGUUAUCCAUUUCCAAGUCUAUAACAUUGAACAAUCUACAGGAUAUAGACGCGGCCGCUCAAUCUGGUGUUCGAGGGUUAAGCUCGCCCUCUGAAACAUCGACUUACGAUCGCUCUCUGUCCUUCCACGACGAUAGCUCAACAACGACCCCGGCAAGCGCGCAGCUCGAACGAUCCUCGUCCAGUAAAACCCUCGAACCUACAUAUCAAGCUAUAGCAGACCUCUGCAACGAGAGACGACUCGACAAGGCGGCAAAAGUCGCCAUACAGUAUUUAAAUACCUACCAGUCCAACUAUAUGGUCAUCCGGAAGCCGGAGCUGAGGGACAAUAUCCGCAACGGAACCGGGUAUGGACUCGCCAGGACAGGACGCGGUUAUGCACCGCUACAUUUCUUCUGCGAACUGAAGGAGGAGCAUGCGGAAGAGGUCAAUUUACUGAUCAAGCAUGGCGUGGAUGUCAACGCUAUUGCGUUUCAAGCCGGCUAUACUCAAUCAAAUCCCAAAGAUCCCUUCACUGCCUUGCAGCAGGCUACUGAGAGAGGCUUCUCCACCAUCACAGGCCUGCUACUGGCAGUAAAUGGCAUCAAGACCGACUUACGCGAUUCAGAAGGUUACACGCCGCUGAUGGUGGCCUGUAGAAAAGGCUAUCACCAGAUCGUCAAGCAGCUGCUGGAAUUUGCUAUGCCCACCGAGUUUCCGCCAACGUGGCACGGAAACACUCUUCUCCACGACGCUGCGAGACGGUGUGACCCAGUGCUAGUCGAAAUCCUUUUGGAGCACACCACCUCCAUUGACGAACGAGAUCGGUUCAGCAAAACGGCGUUGAUGCAUGCGGUGGUCAAGACAGAUAUAGCCGAUCCGUCGGAAAGGAGGAGACGGAUCAAGGGCAGAUGCCAGACGGUGCGUGCACUGCUGGAGGCUGGAGCCGAUCCUACACUUCGAGACCACAGGACGAACAAGACGGUGCGAGACUAUGCUGUGGAAGAGGAUGACGCCGAGUUGUUGAUGCUCCUGGGCCAGGUGCCCAGGGCUGGGAUUAGCGAGUUGGUAGCAUGA